AUGGACCAUAAAGACCAUGGCAGUCAGGAACAGCUCUGUGUGCGCUUGCACAAGGCGGGAACCGUGGACACUGCGAAGUCUUUUGAGGUCAGAGUCGAAAAGGACAAACAGAGGGACAGCAGGCGCGACCUGUUCAGAGAGUGUCCGUCGCCAUCAGAGCAAGCGGCUGUGCCCAGCGUGUUGGGACCUUUGCCGCCACGCGGCUGGUACAAUCCCUCUCAAUUUCUCGGACAAUCUCUGAACGGGCCUUGUGGGAUCGUGGCACCUCUAACACCCCCGGAUGACAUCGACUCCUUCAAGUGGGAUUCCCCAUCACACACGCAACCCGCCGAGGGAGUCCGAACAGUGCCAAAUGUCGGACCAAGCCGCGCGCAGGGUCAGAGCCAACACACCCAGACUCGGACUAGUUCUACAUCGCGCCCCUCAGAGAUACAAAUGCCAGAGCUAUCGGAUAUGGCAGGAGGCGACUCAAGCAGACCUAAUUGGCUUGGACGGGCCUGCCAGAAGCUUGUGUCUCCUCUUGGAAACUCGAGCACUCAGCAACAGGUGCAGAUGGUGGCCCAGGCAUUACCUGCGAGACCCAGCUCCGCCGACAUGCGUCAAGUUAUGGACAAAGUAGUCGAAGACAUCCAAUCUCAAUUUACGAUACCGCCCUACAUCACAAUCACCCAUGCUUAUUUUCAAGCCAUCAGUAUGGAUGAAGUACCGGCCUCACCUCCCGCGACACCGAAUGCGCAGUCCUCCUCCAGCGACGACUACUUCCAGGACCAUACGAUUUUUACACAUGCUGCCACUGUCCCAGCUUACCAUUUCCACUACGGUGCCGUUCAGCCCGGAGGUCCACGGCCGUCGAAUAUCAUUGCUGCACCGAGCAGCAUACAGAUCUCGAUCCUUGAGCGCUACAUCCCCCCUACAACGGCCAGAGAAGUGGAAGAUUUCUUUACACUGAGUAGACGCUCCUAUCUGGCAGAUCGAUUGCUCGAGCUCUCGUCGGAUAAUGGUUCUCUGCUAUUGGUAUAUCCGACCAAGCGAGGAGGCCAAGCAUUUGCCAACCGAUACAUUGGGCCUAUUAUCGAACCCUUUCUUCGCCAGUUCAUCCUGUUGAACAGUCUCUAUACUGAGAUCGCGAUGAAACUGGGCCGGAUGGCAGCAGUCAGCGGGAUGAAAUCUUUCGAGGAGAUGACGGCGCUAUUGGCCGCUAUGUGCGAAGCGCUGAGCCGAAGAGCGCCGGCACGCGGCUUGCCCAGUCGUUACAAUAUUGUCCAUGCAGAAACCGCCGAGGUGGUGCUGGAUCGCACGCUCUGGAGAGACUGGUACAUCGAGCAAGAGAAGCCUCGCCUUCGCCAGGACCUGGUAGACUAUCACAAGUCUGGCGGGCGGAUGCCAUCUAGAAGUGGGCAGAUUGAAAUCACACCAGGCAUGUUGGCGAGGGAGGUUGUCGAUGGGAUCCGCCAGAGCCGGGAGGUUGCAGGAGAUGUUGGACUGGAAGUUGGCGUGUUUGUGAUUCGGCGGUCCACCGUUGUGUAA